AUGUGCGACAUCCUCAUGCGCAAGACGGCUCGCCAUGCAUGCCAUUUGCCAAUCCAAUCGCCAAACUCCUCUCCCGCCUAUCUGGAUGCCCUCCGGACAAACUCCUUAGCACCUCGACUGCGGGCUCCGCCACCUCCUUCACCGAAGACAGACAUGGUGGCGGCUGCAAUUUCCGUACCUAGUCGAUGCAGCCGCGGCUGCGGCGGCGCCAGCCCAUCAGCGCGGCAGCUUGCGCAAGGCAGCCUCGGAGCCGCCGCCGCCGCUGCCACUGCCACUGCGUCUAAUAUUGUGGGGUCAGCAGCAGCCAUGCGUCGCACCAGCAGCCGCAACCCCAACAGCUCGUCUCCCUUCCCAUGUGCCUCUUUCCAUACCGCAACCGCGGCCUCGGCGCUGGGCAUCUGGUUACCCUGCCGUACCGCCAUCCGUACGAACGCCCUUGCAUCCAACCGGCGUCUGGUCUCCGCCACUGGCAGCGGUGAUGGCGCAGAGUCGCCGUCGCUGAAUGCGGCGAUGGUGGACGCUGCAGCGACGGCGGCGGCGCCGGCUUCAAUUGCUGACCCGAUGCCCCGGCGGCGGUCUGUCUCCAGCCGAUCUCGUGCAGGACCACGGCAGGUCGCGGUGCUGCAGACGCAGGAAGGACCGCCAUCAUCACCGCCCCGGCCGCAGCGGCAGGAAGCCCCGGCGGAGGUGGCGGAGCUAGUGGAGCCGCAGCAGCUUUCAAGCUUAAGCUCAAACUUAAGCUUGGCUGCAAUGAAGACACAUACGUCGCCGCGCAGGUGGAAAUACGUGUUUAUGAAGCGUCGGAUCCUAAAAAACGUUUUCCCGUGGCCUCCCGAUUUUGGAGUACAGGUUUCGGAGCUGCAAGCCGCUCUACGGGCCCUGGGUCUCCCAGUUUCCGGACGCAAAGCGGAGCUUUUGGAGCGUCUCCUGGCGGGAGAGGCAGCGGCGGCAGUGGCUGCAAGUGCCGUACACUCCCUGGCGGCGGCGGCACCAGGAGCCGCUGCCGCCGGUACCGCAUCAUCUAGCGGGGCGCCACGGCGGCGCACGCGAAGCCGUACGGCAGAGGUGACGGACGACGGAGAGGUGGAUGCGGGUACGGUUGACAUCAAGGGCGCCGCCGCCGCCGCCGCCGCCGUGGGACCGAAGCGCAGAGCGGCGACGGAGGUGCAGCGAGAUAAACGGGACGACGCGGAUCCAUUUUUGGACGAGCUAUUUGCAGCAAUGGAUCUAGACAUCUCCGUCACAACGCGAGAUCCACGUGAGAUCCAAGCCGCGCUUUCGUCCUCACGCGGCGGCGGCAGCGGUAGUAGCGACGGCGACGACGACGACGGCGAGGGACUGGCGACGGCGGCGGCGGCAGCGAGAAAGGGCGCGCAGCGGCAGCGGCGUACGGCACAAGCUGGCGCUGCAGAAGCACCUCUGCUCCAAGAGCUCUCGAGCAGUUUCAAAUCCUCGGGCGCGUCUGGGCUCCAAUCCCUGAAAGGAGCUGCAGCGGCGGAUGUAGCCGCUGCGGCGGCAGCACCUUCAACUUUUACAGUGCCGGUUAGCGACUCGGCACCAUCUGGAUCUGAACUUGGAUCUUUGGGUUCAAAUCCAGAUCUGGAUCCUGAUUUAGAUCAAGAGUACGACCUGCCGCCCUGGCCACCGAUGUACAUGGGGGAGCUGCAUACCAUGGAAGAGUCGGCACCGGGUGACAAGGCCGCACAGGAGGAGCUUUUGCUGGGUAAUGUGGGCGGCAUGUCCCUCACGGCGCUGGGCUCAGCGGCAGUGAACCCCACCGCGAGCAGGGCCCUGGCGUCCCUGGCCAUGGCGCGAGUCAAGGACAUCUUCAUAUUUGACGCUGACUUUCUGGGGGCCAUGAUGCGCGUCAGCCAGACCUGCCUCGAGGUCACCAUUGUCGUACAUGAGAUCAGCACAGGACCAGUCGCACCCGCUGAGUCACAGCCGUACCUGUACGUCAAACGCGCGCGCAUUUGGCGUGUCGUGAUGCCCCCUGACCAACUCAACCCUCGAGGCGGGGUGGACGCGUCUCUGCUACAAUUCGCACCAGAACAGGGUCGCGGUCAGAAGAAGCGAGGUCGCAGUUCCAGUGGUGGUGUGUUGGCAUUCGACCCGCGGGCCGGUUUUCAGCCCUUCCCGCCCCUGGAGCCGGGAGAUCCCUACAGGCGCCAUGUGGACCAGAUCUCUAUGACGUGGACGCUGGAGCUUGACAUCACCGCAAGAGUCAUCAUCAAUUUGCUGCCGGGCGCAAGAGGAUACGUACUGUCGUACACGCUACAGGAAGCGGAUCGCGCCGGGGCCUUGGUGCUUGAGAGGGCCACAGCUGCCGGCCUGGUGGGGGGUCCGGACUUUGCCAAACUCAAGGCGGGGGAGACGGUCAAGAACAGCUGGGGCCUGCCAGUGCCCCCCUCCCUGGUCAUCUCCCCCACGAGACCCGGCAGGCGCAUAGUGGUGAUGGGCAACACCACCCAACCCGCCGCACUCGCUCACGGGGACGGGGGACCGCCCCACGCAGCUGCGGCAGACGUGUUGGUGGCGGGAGCUGUGUGGCCGAAGGACGAGGCAGAUCUAGCGGCGGCCGCAGGCGGGUGUACGACAGAACAGCUGGGCGACGCGGCCCGGCGGCUGGGCGUGCGGUACGUCUUGUUGAGCAGGUACGACGGCCAAAAACUGGACGAGCAGGAGGGCUACCUGGAGAAACUGACGGAGGAAGUCGCUGCCGCCGCCGCCGCGGCGGCGGCGGCGGCGGCGGCGACGUCCACUGGCGGUCGCAGUACGGCGGGUGGCGGUACUGACGUCAGCGUGCGUUCUGUUGCGGAGUGGUGGCGGCGGCGGGUGGUGGCUUUGGCGGACCUAGAGAGUGUGCUUGUGGAGAAGAAUGAAGGGCCGCGGGAGCGUGACUCCCCGGGGUUUUGA